CUUCCUAUUUAUAAUGCCCGUGUUUGUUUGUCGUCUGCUACUGUAAAACUCCCGCUCGAUCUCUUAAGUCCCGCCGAUUCACGUGUCGUAUUUUAUAGAGAAAGGUAAUUCCUACCUAAUUGACAGCGUCAUAAAAAAGGAAAGAAAUGGUUGGAAGAAUUUCUUUUGACGGAGCAAAGUUAUUAGGCAAUGGGCAAUUCAGUAACAUAUAUUCUGGCAUGUUGGAUGGUGUCAAACAAGUGGCUGUCAAACAAGUUUUAUUAGAAGAUGUCCAACGAAAUCUGAGAUAUCAUUGUAUUGACGAAUCAGAUAUUUACAAGCAGAGAAACCAAAGGGAAGAAAAUGCCCUAAUGAAAAUACUGGACCACCGAAAUGUUAUAAAAUUGUUUUUGGUAGAAGAGGAUGCUCCGUUUAAGAAUUUUGCUCUGGAAUUAUGCGUAUGUUCGCUUUAUCAGUAUUGCAAGGGACAAUUUAUUAACUGUCCAAUGCCGUCGGACGCCACCGUCCUCUUGGACAUUGCCGAAGGCCUGUUAUAUGUUCACUCAAAAGGUCUGGCCCACCGAAAUAUCGACCCCAAGAACAUUCUUAUUUCAUCGACUCAUCCCGUCACCGUCAUGUUGGCCGAUUUCGGACUUAGCAAGCCAGUACGCAUUGGUACUAAUUCAUUUUCCGUCAGCAGAGACCGACAAAAGGCUCAAGGCAAUAAUCUGUGCUGGAUGGCUCCGGAGUUGCUGGAUCACCCAGACGACGAAGCUUUCUCUGAGAAGAGAGGCUCCGUCGCCAGCGAUAUUUUUUCGACCGGUUGUGUUUUCUUCUUUUACCUGAAACCUGGUUGCCAUCCGUUCGGAAAUGGGUCGAUAUCUACCGUGAAGAAUAUUAGUGAAGGAAAUCCAGUCAAUUUUAAGCUUUUCCCUGAAGAACAAAGCCGAUUUCAAGCAAUUGUAGAAUCGAUGAUUGCACCAAAUCCUGAACACCGGAUUCAACUUGAAGAAGUAGCUAAUCAGCUGAAAGAAAUGGUGGAAAUGUACCCUACUUCACCUGAAGUUAAUGAAAUGGACGACCAAUUUAAUGAACAACUCGACUGGCUUAAUUGAAUAUUUUUAUUCUUUUUAAAAUUUUAAGACAAAUUUAAUUUAAAACAUGAUUGUUAUUCAGAUUAAUGCUCUUAUCACACCUUUUUAAAAUUUAGAGGUGUACGAUAUUUGUGCUCACCUGACAGUACUGCUGGAGUUGAGGUGGGAAAUACGGUUCAUAUCUCUGAGCUGAUCGGGGUUUAUCCAAGCUGUCUAUACCGCCCAGGUUCACUAGUCCUCUCCACAAAGUUUAUUGUGAUGAACUACAUAAAAUGUUGUUUACCAUUGUUGUCCAAUAAGCUUUACGCUCACGAGGUGAUCACGUUCUCUUAUUUGUGAAAGCCUUACAUGUGUGGUCAUGUGACAUGCUGCCUUACGCCUUAAAUGCCAUGCUUAUGUUCUGUACCAGUGUUUGCCUAUGCGAUAAAGAAAUUGAUACUGCCAAAUACGGUCCGUGAGAUAUUACAUUAGUGACAAUGCACAUUUAAGAGCCCA